AUGUCAGGUUCUACAUCGAUCCGCACGAAGUGCGGGAAUCUAGUGGAGCCCGCGGAAAAGGUCUUCAGCGCCUGCAAGCUUUGCGACUUUUUCAAUUAUGGUUAUGUCGAGCAGACAAUCCUAGAUGGCACCGUCACAUCUACGUAUACUCUAGUCCUGGGAGGAGAGUUCCCCAAUUCAGCCUAG